UUUAGAAGGACAAAGUUUAUGUUGUAUUUACAUUGCUAACUAUUGCAUGAUCCUCCCCUCCUCGGUAUACGGUGGUGGAACAACCGGCACUAUGUGCCUUAGUCUCAAACUAUCACCUCGAGCAGCCUGCUCGAGGUAAUAUACCUACAGAAAAAGUAAAACAAAAUAACGAAAAUAUGCAGUUCAUAUUGUUUAUAGUGUCUAUAGUGCUCCAGUAUUCGGCUGGGGAAUAUUACAAAACGAAGCCCAGUUUCGUGAAGACCUGUUUAAAAAGUGAUCCGGAUUUUGACGAUUGCUCCAAGGAGGCGGUACAACAACUAUUCAAUGCCUUAGGACCAGGUCUGCCAGAAAUCGAUUUGCCGCCAUUGGAUCCGUUGAAAAUUCCCAAAAUAAGGAUAUUGCAAGGAGAAGGUCCCGUUAACGUAAAUGCCGCCCUUGAUAAUGUAGUCGUUACAGGUUUUGGAAAAACUGAAGUGUUGUUAAGCCAGGUAGACGGCAAAACAUAUGAUUUCUACACUAAGGUACGAGUCCCUAAAAUAAGAAUAGAAGGCACAUACGAUUUAAAAGGAAAAAUUUUACUAAUACCCUUAGUUGGGAAUGGUCGGUGUUGGUUUGAGCCCAGCAAUAUGACAAUCGAUAUCAUAAGCGCAGUUAAGUUAUACGAAAAAUCUGGUCUUCCAUUCUUUAAUGUUACUCAAUGUCACGUGAAAUAUAACAUAGGAGGCUUAAAAUUGCACAUGGGCAAUCUAUUUGAUGGUAUUUCAUCUCUUGAGGAAAGCACUAACGCAUAUUUAAAUGCUAAUUGGCGGCCAGUAUCCGAGUCUUUGAGACCAAUUUUGUCAAAGACUAUAGAAGAUAUUCUACUUGGUUUCAUGCAACAGAUAUUCCACAAUCUGCCAGCAGAUUUCAUGAUUGGAGAUUUGAAAAGCCAUCUAGUAAAUAAAAUUGAGAAGAAAGUAAACGACUAAGAAUAUUGAGUUUCUUUAUUUAAUUGCAUUAAUUUAGGGGAAUUUAGACUGUUAAUAUUACAUUAAUAAUAUUGAAUUCUUUAUAAUAUAAUAUUUUAAAGCAGUUGGAUCUCGAGGAACAAAAACAUUUUUGCAUAAAUGCCUAUAAUUCUUAUAUUUUUGGGCUUAUUUAUAGGAUUGUAGCCCAUUGAACCUACAUAAUAUUACGAAUUGGGGUUGUUCAUUUUGUGAUAGAAUAACGCUACAAAAUUGGUAGAUUUAUAUUAGUUGUAAUCAAAAGUUGCAGAAUAUUCAGACAAUUUUCUAUAUUGAAAAAUGCAGCAGACAGGUUUUUGCAUUGAUAUUAUUAUAGUAAGUUAACGAUUUAUCAUCUCAUAAUGUGAAUAUUGUGUUAAUUUUGUUUUUACUUACUGCUUUAACUUGCGAGUGAUAUUAUAGGUUAUCAUUUUAAUUAAUUUGAUGUAA